AUCAUCAAACUCCCGUUGAGGGCAGCACUGUUAUUGUUUACUGCAAGUGACAGUUGAAAAAAUAUAGUGAGGUUAUGUCGUUCAAUUUACAAUAAUUUUGCGAAACAAAUGGAUAAUCCGGAAGCAAGUCCGAUAACAGCUGAUUUGUAUUUUUUACUCCACAAGUUUCUCUCAGGUGGCCCCCUUAAAAAAACACUAAAGGCGUUACAUGAUGAAUUAACCGAACAUAAAUUACUACCGCAAAGAACUGACUGGUUGGGGGAAUUACACGAUCGAAGUUUGGACGAUUUAGAGCACCAAUACCCCAAUAUUCGGCCCGAUUAUUUGCUACAAUUGUGUUGCCGUGCCGGUAGUUCCACCCAAAACAAAAUAACCCGACCUGAAAAAAUCGAGACACUUUUCAGCCUGAAAAAACAUGCCGUCAAUAGUAGCAAUGUCGAGUACAAUUUUAAACAACUUUGUAAUUAUGUCAAGAGACAACAUUUUCUCCCGUUGUGUAACCGAGUCCACAUUUCGUCAAACAUUACGAAUAUUUUACGGGGGCGUGAGAUUUCGGGGCCAAUUUCACGCCGUUGGAUCAUCGCCCCAAAACUCUACAGUGGUUUGCAGUUCCAGAGACGCACUUUGGGGCACCUUUCAGCCGUCUAUUGUCUCCUUUUCGACUAUUCCGGUCGCUAUAUAAUCACAGGUGCUGAUGAUCUUUUGAUUAAAUUAUGGUCGUCUCGCACCGGUCGUCUCAUCGCCACAUUCCGGGGCGCCUCCUCCGAAAUCACCGACAUUGCCAUCAACCUCGAAAACACCCUUCUUGCCGCCGGUUCCAUAGACCGAAUCCUCCGGAUUUGGGACCUACAAACCGGAAUUCCAAUCGCCGUCCUCACCGGACACACCGGAAUGAUCACCUCUGUCAAUUUCUGUCCUUCCCCCUCAUGGAAUUUUCAAUAUUUAAUAACGACAAGUACCGAUGGUUCGGUCGCCUUCUGGGCUUAUACACACGAACCCGGUGGAAAAGUCAAUUUUCGUGCUAAACCAACAAUGUAUCAAGAGAAAAUGCGACCAGGACAAGCACAAAUGAUAUGUUCAUCAUUUAGUCCAGGUGGUAAUUUUCUAGCGACAGGAUCAGCCGAUCAUCACGUACGUGUCUACUAUAUGAAAGGUGAUGAAGGCCCCCAUAGAAUACUCGAAACAGAAGCACACAAUGAUCGAGUCGAUUCGAUUCAAUGGGCCCACGAAGGACUCAAAUUUUUAUCAGGAAGCAAAGAUGGAACGGCAAUCAUUUGGAGUUUUGAGUCGCAACAGUGGAAAACCACGUAUUUACACAUGACGGCCGCCAGCAACACGGUGAAACCCACAAGUACGAAGAAGAUGGCGGAAGAGGCGCGAAAAUUGAAAGUGACCAUGGUGACAUGGGACCGUUCUGAUGCUUGGGCCAUAACGGCCGUCAGUGACCAUACAUUGAAAACAUGGAAUGUACGUAGUGGCCAACUUGAUAAAAUCUUAACUGGUCAUACUGAUGAGAUUUAUGUGCUUGAAAGUCAUCCACAUGAUCAUAAUGUAAUUUUAUCGGCUGGUCAUGAUGGUCAAUUAUUUAUAUGGGAUUUGUAUAAAGGUGAAAUAAUAUCGCGUUUUAAUAAUACAAUCGAGAAUCAAGGUUAUGGUGCAAUUUUUGAUGUAAAAUGGUCACCUGAUGGUAAUGUUGUUGCUGCAUCGGAUUCACAUGGUCAUUUAUUGAUUUUUGGUUUUGGUACUGGUGAUGGUUUAUUUGAGCAAUUACCAAAAGAAUUGUUUUUUCAUACGGAUUAUCGGCCAUUGGUACGUGAUGUAAAUAAUUAUGUUUUGGAUGAACAAACACAAAUUCCACCACAUUUAAUGCCACCACCGUUUCUUGUUGAUAUUGAUGGUAAUCCAUAUCCGCCAAUGUUGCAACGAUUAGUACCAGGAAGGGAACAUUGCAACACUGAACAAUUGGUACCAAAUGUCGUAAUUGGUAAUGAAGGUACCCAAGAGGUGAUACAAGAAGCUGAAGUACAGUCAAGAAACCAGUAUCAAAGGCCUCAAAAUCGACACGAAGGAAUAAGACAAAGUACCGGUGAUUGGCAAAGUGAUCCAAAUAUGAAAUGGAAAAAACAUAUCCUAGUACCACCUUUGAACCACACUCAUAUCAAAAAAAUCAAAGAGGAUGUGGAAAUGAUGGAAAAUAUGGAAAUGCAGGAAUAUAAAAGACAACUAUGUCAGCGCCCUCACAUGAUCACUGUUAGUACUAGUGCCGAGACGAGCAAAUCAAGUGAGAAAAAACGAAAUCCGAUUCGGAUUCGUCCAGCCAAAGAUGAUAUUAACAAAACGGUUUUCAUCGUUUCAGCAAGUAGUUCAUCGGAGAGUGAAAGUGAUUCAACGGGUUAUUCCGAUUGGGUGGCUGAAGAAGAUGUCAAUGAAGAUGUUAAUAGAGAAUCACCGAAACGUACACGUCGACGACAAGUCAAUUACAAUUCAGAAUCAGACGAUCACAAAUAUGAAGAAGAACCACCUGAAAAAAUCCCACUUCGUACAAUGAAAAUCAAACAACCUGAAAUGUAUCGAAUGAGUGAAUGGUUGACUGAAGUUAGACCAAGAAAAACACCAUAUUUCCCACAAAUGGGCGAUGAAUUGGUCUAUUUUCCUCAAGGACACCACUUGUAUUUGGAUGCAGUUCGUACGAAAAAAAUCUACGAAAUUAAUAGUAAAACUCUACCAUGGACUAAAAUACAUUUAAGGAGUCAUGAAUUUGUUAAAGUCGUGGGAAUUCAAUACGAAGUUAAACCGCCACGUUUGUGUAAUUUACGAUUGGCACUACUGGACGACGAUGGUCGUCUUAAUGGUAAAAUAUUCACAGUGAAAUACCAUGAUAUGCCAGAUGUUUUGGAUUUUUUCGUUUUAAAACAACAUUUCGAUUGUGCAAUGUCACGAAAUUGGCAAAUUGGUGAUAAAUUUCGUUGUAUGAUCGAUGAUGGUUGGUGGAUUGGUGAAAUUGUUAGUAAAAAUAAUGCAAGUGAGGAUUUCCCCGAUUCACCUUUUCUCUGUUAUGAAAUUAAAUGGGAUAAUGAUGAAUUGGAAAGGAUGAGUCCUUGGGAUAUGGAACCAUUAGAUGAUAAUCGAGUACCAGAAACACCUGGUGAAGCACUACCAGUACUCGAAGAAGAAUUACAAAGUAUUUUAUAUCAACCAACAGCUGAUGAUUGGCCCAAUGAUAGAGAAACAGUCACGUGUUAUAUUUUAGCUGGUUUAGCUAAAGUAAUGGAAUUGGCAAUAGCCGAGCCGUUUUUAGUACCAGUCGAUUUAAAUACUUAUCCAACUUAUGCUGUCAUAGUGGAAUAUCCAGUUGAUUUAUCAACGAUUAAAGCCCGAUUUGAGAAUAGAUUUUAUCGUCGAGUGACCGCUGCACAAUUCGAUGUACGCCAUCUAGCGACCAAUGCAGAAAAGUUCAAUGAACGCCAUAGUAUCAUCGUGAAACAUGCAAGAAUCUUAACUGAAUUAUGUCUAAGGAUAAUUAAACAAUGUUCAACUCAUCUUGACGUAACCGCAAUUUAUCAUCAAUUAGUCGAUACUUAUGACUCGACUGAUACUGAAGUCGAUGUUGAAAUACCGCCAUCUAGUAGUCGUAUGUUACGUUCAUUACCUACUAGAUAUUUAAGACAUGCUAGUGAUUGGAAAUCCGAAGCAAAAAUUUUAUUUCAAGCAAUUUGGGAUUGUGAAGAUUCAGUGCCUUUUCGGACACCUGUUAAUAAUUUAAAAUAUACAGAUUAUCAUGAUAUAAUCGAGACACCUAUGGAUUUGAGCACCGUCAAGGAUAAAUUAUUCAGUGACAAAUACGAAACACCUAAUGAAUUUUAUAAUGAUAUGAGAUUAAUUUUUCAAAAUUCGCGUACUUAUAAUACAAAUAAACGAUCAAGGAUUUAUGUCAUGACUGUUCGACUAGCUGCAAUUUUCGAGGAACACAUAAGUAAAUUAAUCAAACAUUGGAAAAUGGCAAGAAGACGAAGUUAUGCUGCCACCCAAGAGACAAAUAAUAAAGAAGAAAGUGGGACGAAUUCAUCGUCAUCAUCGUCUGAAUUGAGUGAAAUUGAAGAAGAAAUGAAGAAUGUCGAGAGUGAUAGUAGCGAUAGUGAGGAUAAUAAACCACUUAAAAAAUUACAAAGUGUCAAAGUAACUACUAAAGUGAAGUCGGAAAGUGAAGAGAGUGUGUCAAGUGUGGAAAAAAUGAAUCAAGAUAGUGAAGACGACGAAGAAUCGGAUGAUUCUGAAGAUAGUUGUUAUAAACCAGUGACGCGAAGUAGAAAACGAAACGAAAUUACAUCAUCGGAGGAUGAAGAAGAAUCAAGUGAAGAUAGCGAUGAUAAACCUUUAAUUUCAGUGAGACAACAUAGAAAGAAACGUUCUAGAUAUGUGGAAAGUGAGAGUGAGGAAGAUGAGAAAGAGUUUUUAACAAGUGUUAGUAGUAGAGGACGAGUGAGGAAAUUAAAUCCAAGGGUCACUGCCUUGAUGAAAAAAUAAAAAUAGUAUUAAGUAUUUAUUUGUUAUGUUUUUUUUAUACUGUGAAUAAAGCUAAAAUAUCACAAAAUCACAAAGCUACAUGGACAAGACUAGAUACGAAAAUAAAAUUCUACA